AUGAUCACAAACGGAAACUACAUAAUAGCAUGGGACACCAUCACCAAGCGGUACUCGAAUGAAUAUUUGCUGAAGAAGCGCCAUCUUCAGGCAUUGAUGGAAUUCCCAAGGAUCGAGAAGGAGUCGGCUGGGCGAAUACAUGGACUGGUGGACGAGUUCGAUCAACGGCUGAAGAUUUUGAAGCAGCUGGGCGAAAAGACGGAGCACUGGGGAUCGAUGAUCAUCCAUUGGAUGUGUUCAAAGCUGGAUGCGCAUACUCUGCAGCUAUGGGAGGAUCACGCUGCAUCGUUACGGGAACCUACGUUCGCGGUAUUGGUGGACUUUCUGGAGAAAAGAACGAGGGUUUUGGAAGCUGUGUUAUCCAACACCAUCAAUCACGGCUCUGCUCAUCCCAAGGCGGCGGCUAAACGAGAGCGCGUGACUGUACAAACGUCUACGGAGGGCGGAAAAAGUGAUCCAACCUGCCAAUGUUGUGGUGAAUUGCAUUAUUUGGUACGGUGCGCAAAAUUCCAGGGUUUUGGACUAAAAGAAAAGUUGGACUUUGUCAACGGAAAACGGCUAUGCAGCAACUGCUUCAAAACGGGUCACUGGGUUCGUGACUGCUCGUCAAGGUUUAGCUGCAAGACAUGUGGGAAGAAGCACAACACUUUGAUACAUCCGGGGUUUCAACCUGGUAAUGGAGGAGGCAGCAAUGGCAAAAGCGACGCAGCUAGGCCUCACGUUGCAGCAGAAACAGCGGAAGAAGAACAAAUCGAAGCAGCCGAAGGAGUCGCAGUCGGAUCAUAUAGCGUUGGAACGAAAAAGGAAAUUUUGAGUUCCAAGGUGUUCCUUUCAACAGUGGUCGUGGCGAUACGGGAUCAAAAUGGUGGUACACAGCUGACCCGAGCGUUGCUGGAUAAUGGAUCGCAGGUCAAUGUGAUGAGCGAACGACUUUGCCAAAUGCUGAAGCUUAAACGUCGAGCAAUAUGCGUUCCCAUAACAGGAGUUGGACAAUCGGAAUCGACGGCAAGACAUGCAGUGAAUACAACGGUUAAGUCCAGAGUCACCGAGUUCUCUAUUGAAUUGGAUUUCCUGGUUUUGCAGCGAGUGACAUCUGAACUUCCUUUGGUUACGAGUCCUAUCAAGCAUUGGAAUAUUCCUCAUGACCUGCAGAUGGCGGAUCCACAAUUCAACAAAAGCGGCCGCAUUGAUUUGCUACUAGGAGCGGAACAUUUCUUCAGUUUCCUGCGCGAUAGAGAGAUUGUAUCCGGACGUGAUGAAAGUCUACAGCAGAAACAGUCAGUUCGAUGUUGCACGGCAGUCACCCCAAUCGAGAGAAUCGAAGAUCUAUUGGAGAAGUUCUGGAGAGUAGAAAGCUGCGACGAUCGACCUGCAUGGUCAAAGGAGGAACAAGACUGCGAGGAGCAUUUCAAGAGUACGCAUUCCAGAGCAGCAGAUGGCCGGUAUAUCGUGCAGCUGCCGAAACAAAAUAGCUGGGACCGGAUGUUGGGAGAAUCACGAGCAACGGCGUUGGACAGGUACAAGAAAUUGGAGAAUCGGUUGGAACGGCACCCGGAUAUGAAGGAACCAUACCACGCUUUCAUGAAGGAGUACGUGGACAUGCGGCACAUGCGAAGGCUAACGACAACGGAACUGCAGGCAGAGGCCAACGGAGUAGGUCAACGGAAGGUGUUUUAUUUGCCGCACCACGCGGUGAUAAAAGAAUCAAGCACAACUACAAAAGUGCGCGUCGUAUUUGACGCAUCGGCACGUACAGACAGCGGAUACUCCCUCAACGAUGUUCUUCUGAAGGGACCUGUAAUUCAGGAUAAUCUGCUAAAUCUCCUGAUACGCUUCCGCAAGCAUGAAGUGGCGCUUGUGGGAGAUGUGGAAAAAAUGUAUCGGCAGGUACUUCAGGACGCUAAUGACACUCUUCGUCUACGGAUAUUUUUUCGCUUCACGAAGGAUGAUCCCAUAGAUGUUUACGAGUUGCUGACCGUAACGUAUGGGCUUACACCGUCAUCUUUUCUGGCAACCCGGGCACUACAACAGCUGGCUGAAGAUGAAGGAGUUGAAGGUACUAAAGCUCGCCUAGCGCUACAAAAGGAUUUUUACGUCGACGACUAUAUUGGAGGAUCCGCAAAUGUCGUCGAAACCAUCGAGCUUAGAAAAAAAUUGACAUCGUUGAUGGCCAAAGGAGGAUUUCCAAUCCGGAAAUGGUGCUCGAAUCAGCCUGAAGUCCUAUCCGGUAUUCCUGAGGACCAGUUGGCCAUACCCACUAACCGCUUAGCCCACUAUCAGCAACGGCAGCAGAUGUUCCAACGAUACUGGCAGCGUUGGAGUCAAGAGUACAUCACUGGACUUCAGGAAGCAAGUAAGAACCGUCUACCAAGCACCAUCCGUGUAGGCAGCAUCGUGAUUCUUCGGGAGGACAACUUACCACCACUUCAAUGGCCCCUAGCGAGGAUAACCGAGGUUCACCCUGGCGCAGACGGAGUUAUACGAGUGGUGACGAUCAAGACGUCUAAAGGGACCUACAGGCGUCCAGCAAACCGCAUCUGCCCGUUACCCACCGAGGAUUCUGCCGAUAUUAAUUGA